CAGGUUUCAUAAAUAUUUUAGUAAAUAAAUAGUUAUCGCCAUCUCCAUCAGAGGGUCAGCUAGGAAAGUUAUGCAGUCGUCUUUUACCAUCAAAAUUAGGCACAACAUUUCUACAUUGACUCUGUCUUCCUUCAAUAUUAAAUACUUUCUCAUCUUUUUUACUGCCUCCACCUCCCACUAUAUAUACACCACUGCACCCGUGCCUACUUCGCUACCCUCAAUCUUUUUAGUUGCACAUUGCUUUCUGUUCAUAAACAAACUACACCCUUUGAUUUCGCAGCCACAAAUUAAGCAUGCAGAUAUCAGAGUCAUCCGUUGAACAAAUUCAGCCUCCAACUUAUGGAAACUUGGUAACCAUUCUUAGCAUCGAUGGUGGUGGCAUCAGGGGCAUCAUCCCCGCCACCAUUAUUGAUUUCCUUGAGUCUCAGCUUCAGGAGUUGGAUGGUCCAGAGGCAAGGCUUGCAGAUUAUUUUGAUGUGAUAUCAGGAACAAGCACGGGAGGUCUUGUAACAGCUAUGCUCACUGCUCCAGGAAAAAACAAUCGACCACUUUUUGCUGCCAAAGACAUCAGGCCCUUUUACUUGGAACACUGUCCUAAGAUUUUCCCACAGCAAAGUGGCCUUGGUGGGACUAUAAUAGCAAACUUGGUAAGAUCUUUGGGAGGACCCAAAUACGAUGGCAAAUACCUUCAUCAGGUGGUCAGAGAGAAACUUGGAGAGAUUCGAUUGCAUCAGACUCUCACCAACGUUGUCAUUCCCACCUUCGACAUCAAAUCUAUGCAACCCAUUAUUUUUUCUUCCUAUCAGAUGAAGAUGUCUACUUGCUUGGAUGCUAAACUCUCAGACAUAUGCAUAAGCACUUCCGCUGCACCAACUUAUCUCCCAGCACACAAUUUCAAGAACCAAGAUUCUGAAGGGAACAUACACGAAUUCAAUCUCAUUGAUGGUGGCGUCUGUGCAAAUAACCCGACCUUAGUUGCCAUGAACGAAGUUACAAAGCAAAUCAUGAAGCAAAACUCUGAUUUUUUUCCCAUGAAGCCUAUGGAAUAUAAUCGGUUCCUGAUAAUUUCAAUAGGCACUGGAACAGCAAAAAAUGAGGAAAAAUUCAAUGCUAAAAUUGCAAGCAAAUGGGGGUUGUUGGAUUGGCUAACCUACGAUGGCAGCACUCCCUUAACCGAUGUUUUUACUCAGUCGAGUGCAGAUAUGGUUGACUUCCAUUUAUCUGCUGUCACUCAAGCACUUCGCUCAGAAGAUAAUUACCUUCGAAUUCAGGAUGACACAUUGUCUGGAACGGAUUCUUCAGUUGACAUUGCUACGAAGGAGAACCUGGAGAAGCUUAGUAGAAUCGGUGAAAAUCUGUUGAAGAAAGCAGUCUCUAGGGUUAAUUUAGAGAAUGGUCUCUUUGAGCCACUCAAAAACGGGGAAACUAAUCAACAAGCUCUUACAAGGUUUUCAAAAAUACUGUCGCAAGAGAGGAGGCUCCGUCAAAUGAGAUCCCCACACACUAAGAACCCCUUCUAGUUCUCUUCAUUCUAUACUCAUCAUGUUUUUUUUUUUCUUUCUCGUAACUUUUCUGUGGCAUUUCUUAAUAGAACUCGUGUUUGACGUAGAGGGAAAAAACUAUAACCUCAGGACUGGUUUAUUAUCUUUUUGUUUUUGCUUGCCUUUUGUACAUCAGUUGUAAAUCAACUGCAGUAAUAUAAAUUCGUAUAUAUUAUUCUUGAUUUCAUUGUUA